AUGGCCCGCAUCAGCCUCCGUCACGGUCUCGACCGGGAUGUAUACCAGAUUGUAAAAAAGCUGGAGGAUGAGAGGGACGGAGAAUGGGCGGCAAAGAAGGACAGGGGUGACGGAAAGAGGAAAAAGCCAAAGCUGACGGUGACGGCCGUCUAUGAAGCCAUCAAAAAAUCCAACUCGAGCCUCAGCCGGCAAAAGAGACGCCCGCUGGAAGACGCCAUAGAACGCGUCCUGGACUUUCGUAAGGAAGAAGAGGCCGAAUCCGAGGACAGCGACGACCUCUUGGAGCAGGCCGAACAAGCGAACAAGGCGAGUCUCUGUCCAACAACUCGUUCAUCCGCUCACUCGUCACCUCUCUAA